AUGCUGCAAUCACCAUUGAAACGAGUGCUCUCUCCCCUAUGCUCACAAUAUGUGCCUCACAAAAGCUUGAACUUUCAGCGCUCUCUCACUGGACUAGUUUUAACUGGGAAAUACGAAUCACCUGAGAGCAACAUUCAACUAUCUGAAUGUGCAAAACAAUUCGACACCAAAAUAUCGUCAAAGUUGUCAGAACUUACUGGCAUUUCUAAAAUAACCAAAACGAGAACUUUCUAUGGGUUACACGAAGAAUAUCCAGUUGUCACUUUAUCAAUUGUUGAUGAUGUUCAAAACAGCGAAAAGUUAUGUGAAUAUGAUUUGACAUCACGAAAUAGUAUUAGCGAAGCAAUAAGAUCAGCAGUUGGGGCUGGAGUUGCAGCAUUGCAGUCAGAUGAUAGUAUUGAUAAAAUUGAAGUAGACUCAGCAGGAAGUGGGAAAGCUGCUGGUGAGGCUGCUCAGUUAGCUCUCUAUACAUACGACAUUUUGAAAGCAAAGCGUAAAGAAGCUCCUAAAUUAUUACAAUGCAAACUGAUGGAUCUACCAGAUGCUUGUGUUAAUGAUUGGGAAGAUGGUAUCAUCAAUGCUAAAAGUCAAAAUUUAGCCAGACACUUAAUGGAGUCUCCAGCAAAUUACAUGACACCAACAUUAUUUGUCGAUGCUGUUAAAAGCAAAGUUAAUGAGGAACAUGCUGAUACGGUGACUGUUAUAGUCAGAGAUAAAGAUUGGAUCACAGAGAAAAAAAUGGGGUCAUUUCUCUCGGUUGCAAAAGGAUCUGAGGAACCUCCAUUUUUACUGGAAAUUCACUACAAAAACGCCGAUACUCCUCCAAUUUGUUUAGUUGGCAAAGGUGUCACAUUUGAUACCGGUGGUAUCUCCAUCAAACCCUCCAAGGGUAUGGACGCAAUGAGGGCUGAUAUGGGCGGGGCAGCUUGUGUAGCUGGAGCCACUUUGGGUGCUGCCUCUCUCAACCUACCAAUUAACCUGAUAACAUUAAUCCCUCUUUGUGAGAACAUGCCAUCUGGUUCAGCCACCAAGCCUGGAGAUGUUGUUACUGCAAUGAACGGGAAAACAAUACAAGUAGAUAACACAGAUGCAGAGGGCAGGCUUAUUCUUGCUGAUACUUUAACUUAUGCUGACACAUUUGAUCCUGCACAUGUUGUAGACAUGGCUACAUUGACUGGGGCAAUGGCAGUAGCUUUAGGUGGAGAAUGUGUGGGAGCCUACAGUUCCUGUGAUCAGCUGUGGGAUAGUCUAGAGAGAGGUGGUUACAAUAGCGGAGAUAGGUUUUGGAGGAUGCCUCUGUUCAAAGAGUAUGGUGAUUUACUGAAGUCUCCUACCGCUGAUAUCAAUAACAUAAGCGCCUCCCCUUACGGCGGAUCCAUUACUGCUGCUAAGUUCCUGCAGAACUUUAUAAAGUGUAAGAGUUGGGCUCACUUAGACAUUGCAGGUGUUAUGGACAGUACUGACUCUAUGAGCUACUUACCCAAGGGGAUGUCGGGUAGACCUACUAGAUCUAUCAUUGAAGCUUUACGAUUGUUGUCAUUGCAAAAAUAAUGGUCAGAUUCAUUUUUUGCUAUAAUAAGUUGGAUUAUUCUUUGGCUUGAAAGCUAGUUUAUUGAAUGAAAAUUUAUAGUACGAUAAUCCAUGAUUCUUAUUUCUAACAACAGGAAUUGUUUUAUUGAUAAAAACUAGAGUGUUCUCAAAGCAUAAAAUGUUUAUUUGAAAUUGUGAAAUAUUGGUACAAUUAUCAUAAAUCUACUGCAUCGUGGCUAUCUUUAUCAUAUUAUUGUCUAAUUAAUGUUUCACGAUGCAAUAAUUUUUCAGUAAAGACAAUCAUCAACUAAAUUUCAAUUCUUAGGUAGAGGAUGCACCGUUUAAGCAGUGUUGGUUUAAUACGUGCAGGGGUAACGAAAUGUGUACGCCCCUUGUCCUCAAGUGAGAGAGUUUUCAAGAAAUAUACACAAGAUUCGAGCAGCAUAUUCGGGAGAAGAGGUUACCGGAUUACACCCUCACUGUUUGAUAUAAAGACAAUCGAGACUCCAACGUUUCCUGAUUCUGUACAGGAAGGAGAUAUAGCUUGGUUGAAGGAAGUUGGGGAUACUGUAGAGGAAGAUGAAGUAAUCGGGGAGAUAGAGACUGAUAAAACAACUCUCCCUGUUCAGUCACCUGCUGCAGGUGUUCUAACUGCAUUGUUAGUUGAAGAUGGUGACACCAUUUCCAAAGGAACUCUUCUCGCCAAUAUAGAUGUAGGGGCAGCAGGUGAUGCCCCAGCAGCAGCAGCUGCCCCAGCACCAGCAGCUGCCGCCCCUGUUCCAGCCCCCACAGCUGUGCCUGAAGCAGCAUUCCCGGCAGCUGACCAGCCUCUGGGUCCUGUUCCUACAACUCUUGGUACACCUCCCUCAAUUCCAACUACUCCUCUCUCUGUCACUCCACAACCCCUUCCUAAGCCUGCAGCUCCUCCUGUUGUGGCCUCCGGAGAAAUGAAACCUCCUGGAUUGAGGUCAGAACACAACGUCAAGAUGUCCAGAAUGAGGUUGAGAAUUUCUGAGAGACUAAAAGAGGCACAGAAUACUGCAGCUAUGUUAACUACUUUCAAUGAAAUCGACAUGAGUAAUAUCAUGGCUCUACGAGGUAAACAUAAGGAUGCCUUUGUUAAGAAGCACGGAGUGAAGCUAGGUUUCAUGUCAGCCUUCCUGAAAGCUUCUGCAUCUGGUUUGAAGGAGAUGCCUGAGGUCAAUGCUUUUAUUGAUGGAAAGGAAAUAAUCUACCGUGAUUAUGUAGACAUCAGUGUAGCUGUUGCUACGCCAAAAGGCUUGGUUGUCCCAGUUUUAAGAAACGUGGAAACCAUGUCAUUUGCUGAUAUAGAGAAAGGGCUGACUGGUCUUGGUCAGAAAGCUCGGGAUGGGCUUUUGGCUAUUGAAGAUAUGGACGGAGGAACGUUCACUGUCUCCAACGGGGGAGUGUUUGGUUCUAUGUUCGGUACUCCGAUUAUCAACCUCCCUCAAUCUGCAAUACUUGGCAUGCACGCUAUUCUGGAGCGACCUGUAGCUGUUAACGGCAAGGUCGAAAUAAGGCCCAUGAUGUACGUGGCACUGACCUACGAUCACAGGUUAAUAGACGGGCGUGAAGCUGUUACUUUCCUGAAACGGGUAAAAUCUGCUGUGGAAGAUCCUGGAACUCUACUCCUAGACAUCUGAACGGGAGGAGGAUGUUUUGUACAUAGUUUACAUGAAAUUACUUAAUUAGAAAUAAAUUAUAAAUUGCACUGAAAACCUAUUUGAUAUUUUGCAUCCAUAGUUGCCGCUUCCAUCGGGAUUAAUAUACAAUAUUUCUUGAAAAUGAAUUAUAACACUGAGUCUAGUUAUUGAUUUAGGAUUAUUUGAAAACAAACCCUUAAAUUAUGUGAAUGGGUUAGAUAUAUCUUAAACAUGAUUUAAUUUGCUAUAAAAUAAGGGAUAAAAUAAAAGUAGAAUAACAAUCAGGUAAUUUUCUCGACCUCUAGGCUCCUCUAUUUGCUACAAAUACUUGGCGUUAUACGACUGUACAGCUUAUAUUGUAUAAUUUUAUAAAGAUCAGUAAGUAUCAUGGUUUCAACGGAUUGUACAAUAUUAAUAUCGCCUAUGAAGAAGGUACAAUGUGACUUACACAAUACCAAAUAGUUAUUUGCAA